AUGGGUACAUGGUGGACGGAAAUUGUGCCAUUGAUGACGGACAAACAAUUCAAGGAGAACUUUCGUAUUAAACGUUCAACUUUUGAUGAUUUAGUACGUAUAGUUGGUCCUCAUAUAUCUAAACAAGAUACAAAUUAUCGUGCUGCAAUACCAGUCCAGAAACGAAUUGCUUGUGCCCUUUACAUAUUAGGCUCUACAUGUGAAUUACGAGCAGUUAGCAAUUUAUUUGGCAUCGGUAUUAAUACAGCUGGUAUAUUAUUACACGAUUUUUGUGAUCUAAUGAUUGAUUUGUUUUUACAUAAAUUAAUUAAAUUUCCAACUACCGAUGCCGAAAUCCGUGAAACAAUUCAAGGAUUUUUCACAAAAUUUGAUUAUCCAUCAUGUUUAGGAUCUUUGGAUGGCACACAUAUCCAAAUUAAACCACCUCUUGGUGCUGAACCAGAUUAUUAUAAUUAUAAAAAAUAUCACUCGGUUAUUAUGUUAGCCACUGUGAAUAGUGACUUAUUGUUUACGUACAUUAAUGUUGGAGCGCCUGGAAGGUGUAAUGAUAGUUCCGUUUACAGCAGAUGCACAUUAUAUGAUGUAGUUCGAAAUUCAAUUUACAAUAAUUAUUAUAUAAUUGAAAAUAACGUAAAAAUAUGUGCUCAUCUUAUAGCUGACUCUGCAUUUGGCUUACAUUCAACUCUUUUAAAACCAUAUUCAGAACGAUCAAAUAUGCCAAAGGAAGAAUGUUUGUUUAAUUAUCGAUUAAGUAGAGCAAGGAGCACAGUAGAACGUGCAUUCGGAACAAUGAAAAAUCGUUUUAGAUGUGUCCAUAAGAAAAUGGAUUAUGAUAUAAAUAAUUCCAUUAAAAUUAUCAAAGCAGUCGCAAUCAUGCAUAAUAUUUGCAUUAUGUCUGGAGAUUAUUCCGACUUAGAUUGGGAUCAACCGAAUCCAAUUUAUAAAAAGCAAAUGUUCAACAGUCAAACAGCACAUGGAAAUCUAGUUCGUCAAGCAUUAACUGCUUAUUUUGUGAAAAAUCCAUUGUAG